UCGGCAAGCGGAUAAUAUGCGUCACUUUAUCGUGCUAGUAUCCUGCAUCCUGGUAGUUAUAUUGCCCUGCGUGUUAGGGGCUCAAAGGACAGCUAUCAGGAGUCGUUAUAGAAGCCUUGUGAAACCAAAGACGAAUGUCAUACGGCCUAGAACCAAUCAAACAACACAACUUAUAUUGGGAGACUAUACGAAAAUCUUUUAUAAGCACUGCACGGAUAUUUUCAAAGAGAAGUACUUGGUUGCCAAAGUGAUCCAUGGCAUGGUUAGUGGAAUUUUGGACAGGCUCAAUGAAGUGUGCCUAGACAAGCCCAUUCACCCACUUAUCCACAAAGUUUUCACGGAAAGCCUUCUGUGUGGCGAAAGCAUGUCGAAUGCAAUCGAUAGCGUAAUUGACAUUUUAUUUGGAAAUUUCGAAAGAAAUUGUAGGGAGAGGCCUGGAUUCAUUAGCUAUUAUAUUUUAACCAGUUCGGAAAAUGAAAUAGUUGAAUCAAAAGGUUAAACAACAAUCUGAGAGCUUAU